AAAAGGAAGACCUGAGCACAUAGCAAGGAGCAUAAUCGUUCUUGCUCUUCAAGUCAAGUCGAACACAUCCAUCAUCGUUUUCGUUUUCAGAAAAACAUCACCGUUUUUCAAUUCGCGUAAAUGGAAUUCGUAGUCGAAGAAGGCAAAAGCCUUCACGAAGAAUGCUCCACCUUGAUUCUGCCAGGUUUAUCGAUUGGGAACGUGGGACAGCUAGCGGUGGAUCUGUUGGUGUCGUCGACGGGAGCAGAGAGAAUCGGUUACUUGGAUGAUCCGAACCUUCUUCCCUGCGUUGGGAAUGACGCUUACUUGCCCUCUCCUCAGGGCGACCUUGCUCUCCCUCUUGAAGCUUAUGAUUCAACUUCUAAUUCGCUGAUUCUUAUCCAGCAGAGAUCCCCAGUUGUGAAGGGAAUGAUGAUUGAAUUUGCAAAGAAUGUGGCUGAUUUUGCCGCUGCUAGCGGAAAGAAGCACAUCGUCCUGCUUUCUAGCUUAGAUUUUGGACGUUGGCAAACAAUUGACAUGUCAAGUGGUUUGCAGAUAUAUUACCUUUCUAGUGCCAGUGUGAAUGGAACAGAUGUUGACUGUGAGAGACUUGGGUGGAAAAGACUUCAGGAGUAUAACCCUGCUCAGAGGAUGUGGAAGUAUCUUAGCACCUUAGCUGAAGGAAAUGCCGAACUGGAUGAUGAUAUGCCUUCAGAAGAUGAACUGGGGGAAGAAGAUUACUGUCCAAGUUUACCUUUUGCCGCAAUGUUUUCUUGUUUCAAGGCCAAAGGAUUGAAGGUCACUUGCUUAUUAUGCUAUUGCUCGGAAGGGGACAAUAUAUCAGAGGCCUUUCAACUUGCUGAUGCUGCAUGCAGACUUUUGGAUAUAGACCCUAAUAAUUUUCAUGGUAAUGCCGGCGGCAAAUGGAUUGUCCCAUUUUCAUGGCAGACCGUGUAUGGACCUCCCCCAGAUAUGUCUCUCUUUUAGUUUGGACUUCAGGAGGGAAGCAACUCAGCUUUGAUGUAUUUCUUACUCUUCUAUGGAAGUAAUUUUGUUCUUUACUUUACGUGCAUGCGGCUUUUGUGCUUGACCACUGGUAGUAAUUCCAAUGUAGCUGUUUUCAUGGAAUUGGCAAAAAAGAACCAGUCAAUUUUUUUCAAGUAUAAACCUGGAAAAUAAUUUCGUAUCGUACCUUGUAGUUUCGUUCGGUUCGUAGCUAUGGAGAUUUUUAUGUGACAAAUGAAAGUCGAUUUUGACGCUA